AUGCACACAGCUUUGUAUUCUCCGCCGUAACUAACUUACCUAAUAUGGGGUGCAUGUUCUCUCACCUCGCCGCCAAAUUCGCCUUCUUCCCACCUUCUCCUCCAACUUACCACCUCACAAAAACCCCCGACGGCAAACUCUCCGCCGUCUCUUCCGCUUCCUCCUCCUCCUCCACUUUUCCCUCCGCCGGUGACCCAUCUCUCGACGUGAAAGUAGUGAAAACAAGACGCGGCAACAAAGUCACAGCGUUUUACCUGAGAAACCCUAACGCAAGACUCACACUUCUCUACUCACAUGGAAAUGCUGCAGAUUUGGGACAACUCUUUGAUCUCUUUGUUCAACUCAAAGUCAAUCUCCGAGUCAAUCUCAUGGGGUAUGAUUAUUCAGGCUAUGGAGCUUCUACUGGUAAGCCGAGUGAGUAUGAUACAUAUGCGGAUAUAGAGGCGGUUUAUGAGUGUUUGCAAACGGAUUAUGGGGUCGGCCAAGAAGAUUUGAUCUUGUAUGGUCAAUCUGUUGGUAGCGGACCGACGUUGCACCUUGCCUCUAAGCUUCCCCGGCUUAGGGGUGUGGUUCUUCAUAGUGGCAUUCUCUCUGGUCUUCGUGUUCUAUGUCAUGUAAAGUUCAAGUUUUGUUGUGACAUUUAUUCGAACGUAAACAAGAUCAAGAAGGUGAAAUGCCCAGUUCUUGUCAUUCAUGGAACAGAUGAUGAUGUGGUGAAUUGGUUACACGGAAACAGGCUUUGGAAAAUGGCGAAGGAACCGUAUGAACCGCUCUGGAUUAAAGGCGGUGGACAUUGCAACCUUGAGAUAUAUCCGGACUACAUUAGACAUCUCUACCGGUUUAUACAAGACAUGGAAAACACAACCACUAAGUCUCGUCUCAAAAAGAUUUGGCAAGAAAUCCGUCGGCGAGAUGAAUCCACAGGAUGUUGUAGUUCCGGACUGGAUGUUUCUCUUGCUGCAAGAAACCGAGCUGUUUUAGUAGUUGUUGCUGUCCCAAGUUCAAAUGCAGCAGCUGCUUUGGGAAGCCAAAAUGUCCGAAAUGCUCUUGUUGGAAAUGUCUAAAAUGCCCCGAGACGGAGUGUUGUCGGAGUAGUUGUUGCUGUC